CUUUUAAGGAGAUAAUAAUGCAAAACGCGAGCCUCUUCUCCUUGUCCUCUCCCCAUUUUCUUGGUUCUCUUUCCGCGUGUUGAACCUGUCAAGCCGGCAUUUAACCAUUUCAUACUUCAGCGAGAAAGUUCUCUUUUUUCAGCAGUUUUGUUUGGUCUCUUUCGUUCUUUGACAAUUGUUCAAUACUCGUAACUCUCAAUUAAGCUCCAUUCUUCUUCUUCUUCUUCUAUGGGAUUCGCUUGGCCCAAUUCGCUUUGACCCGCCGACGGUUUGACAAUCUUCAAGGAUCGAGCAAUCGAAAGAUGAAUCCUUUGCGUGUUUGACGAGGUGGGUCGAUCCAAAUCCCGAUCCUUUUUCUGUGUUCGAUCCAGAUUUCGAAGCUUGUUUCAUACAAAUCAUCGGGUUCUUCGGAUAUCAUUUGUUUUUUCCGGUUCUGGGUGCAAUUUGAGAUGGUCUAUCUCCCUAGCUCGAACUCAGCUAAGCUCGUUGACCAGUUGGCGCUCAUGGCGAGUUCUGCGAACUCGGUCGAUUCGUUCCUCAAAUCGAGGAUGAGCAAAGCUAGUUAUCUUUCCCAGAGGAAUAGGAAAUUGCUCAAUUCGGCGGCAAGUCGCUCGAAUUCGCCGUCGUCUUGCCAGCACCGUGGAUCUCGGUCGGCUGCGGUGGAUGUCGUUAUUCUGAUUGCUGUUGUUGGUGCUUGCGGGUUUCUCCUGUUCCCGUAUGCGAAGUUCAUAGCCGUUCACCUGAUCGAGAACGUGGGCCCGAUCACGAGCGUGGUCAAGGAGGAGUUUUCUGAGGCUCCGUUGAUUUAUGGAUCGAUAGGACUUAGCGUGUGCUGCGCCGCUUUCGCUAUGUUGGCGUUGGUGGCAUGUUUGGAUCGGAAAUGUGGGAACCCAAAUUGCCGGGGACUGAGGAAGGCGGCUGAGUUCGAUAUUCAGCUGGAGACGGAGGAGUGCAUUAAGAACUCGACUGCGAAGGAAGAUUCAGAGAGGAUGCUCUUUGAAUUGCCGACUAACCAGCACCGAGAACUUGAAGCGGAAUUGAAGAAGAUGGCGCCGCCGAAUGGGAGGGCUGUUCUUGUUUUUAGAGCGAGGUGCGGCUGUUCUGUUGGUAGAUUGGAAGUUCCGGGGCCGAAGAAGCCACGAAAGAUCAAGAAAUAGGAAUGGUUUUGGUCUGGGUUGGGGAAACUAUAUAGCACAGAGUAAUCAUAACAGAGAAGGGGCUUUUAUGAUCAGCCUUGUAUGAAUAAUAAUUUGGGAAUAUUUAUCUCAGUGCAAAUACUUGUGAGGACUAUACACACCUAAUGAUUACGCUUUCUUCCAUCA